AUGCAGAGUAGAAAAGACACGCCCACCAGACACACUGGGGGCACGCUUCGGAUUCGCACGGCUCUAUUGGAGUCUGUGUGCCACUACAAUGAAGCUUAUUUAAGCACAUUAACGGCGGCAGCGGCGAUGGAGGAACCGCUCGAGACCUCGAAGCAGAGCGUAGAUCGGUUUCCUGAUGUGCUGCCUCGAAUGAUUGCGCAGCUCAACCCCAGCCUCACAAACCCCUCCUGGGCAAUGGAGGAGUGUAUGCGCCUAUGCCCCUCCGCGGAAGUGUGGUGCGGGACUGCGCUGCCCAAGGAUGUGUGGGCACCGCCAGGCACGGCUGAGUGCCCAUUUGGUACAGAGCCUAUGGACUUUAACGCACACCGAUGA